AUGACAUCCCAGCUUUCACGCUCGUCAUCCUCUCCAUCAGGACAAGAGAAAUCCCUGCGUAUGCGAGGACGUCAUGGUGGCUCCAAGAUACUAAGAACCGACUCUGCAGCGGUCAAAUCAAAUCAACGUCGUCAAAGCCCGCCAGAAGCUGGGCAGCCGACAUGGUGGGAUGCGGUGGAUACAGAUGCGGAGGCGUGGGGCAAGCCAAUCCAGGAAGACCCACCUGUGACGAUAGAGGAGAUGAAGCUCCGGGAAAGUCAGAUCCACGUUGAUCUGGUGCGAGAUAUGGUCCCGUUCUGGAUUAGGAGCGUGGAGGCUGCAGAGAGGGGAGAGGUGCUGAGGCUUGAGGAAUUUCUGGAAGAAAUGGCGCAGAGGCAGGCGUCGUGGUCGCUUGGAGAUUCGGGACGGCGGUGCGAAGAGUCGAGUACUAGGGGAUGGAGUAAUUGCGAUGGAUGGGGUGAAGGGCCCGGGGUCGCAUGGGGAGGGGAGAGUCGGAAAGAAAGUGAUUGGAAAUGGGUGGAUGAGAAAGGAGGCAAUCAAAGGGGAAAGCGGAAUGAUGGAUUCCAGUUUGUUGAAAAGGUGGCGAAUUCACAGGCAGCUGGUCAAGAACGCAAGCAACAAAUGCACACUUUCUUUGAGAUGCCGACAGAUGAGAAAGUGAGGAAAAUUGACGAAGUAAUUCAGCGAUUGCGUUCCACAUGUAAUAAAAUAUAA